AUGAAGUCCACCGGGGCCUCGCAGCGCGCCGCAGAAAUCACGAGCGCGAUGCUCAGCGUCCCGGGCUACGCAGACGACACGAUGCUCUUCAUGAUGCGAUACGGCUCACUGGCCCGAGUAUGCCUACUAACCACUGCGUUUCCGGCAUCUCGCCCGCCCGUACAGGAGACGCUCCGCAAAGUCGACUGGGAUGAAUUCCAAGUGCGCCUGUCGGCCCUCAACAAGCACUGGUUCGCCAGCAGAAGCAGCGGCUGCCGCGGCACCACCACCGCCGUCAACAACGGCGAUGGCGAGACUGCCUGUACAACAGCUGCCAAAGAUGGCACUACUACUGCCACCUCUACUACCACUACUGCUGCUGCUGCUGCUUCUGCCGCUGCCGAUUCCGGCGUCGAAGCUGAAGCCGAAGCCGAAGCCCAAGAGGCCCACGACAGCAGAACCGCCGAGCUCAGGGCCCGGACGCUGGAGCUGGUCCAGGACUUUCCGCCGCUGGUGCGCGAUUUCGACAAGUUUGUCGACUGCACGCGGAUAACGGCGAUGCGGUAUGGCAGAGGAGGAGGAGGGUCCCCAUAG